ACUGAAAAUUUUGUAGAAGUAGAAACACUUUUUAUAUUUUAUUUUAUUUUUUGUAGAAGAAGUCUCAUUUUCCUAGCGGUAUAAAACUCGUUUUAAAUUAAAACCCGAGUGGCGAAAGGAUAUUUCUUGUCGUUUCAUCGCGUAGGUAAUAAUCACCUUCACCGUAUACAGGCCACUGUAUAACAGGAAGCCAUUCCUGAAGCUAAAAGCUAACGCUCUCUCUUUACAAGAAGCUUCUGUUGCCAUGGUUACUCAGUUUAUUCCAGGACUCGGGACUCACUCCACCUCUCAACCGGACGGGUUUGUUUAGAAGCACGUUUCUGUUCCUAAACGUCUCACUUUCAGGAGGUAAAUCCGUGGAAAAGAUGGUGCAGCUGCACGUGAAGCGCGGAGACGAGAGCCAGUUCCUGUUCGACACUACCGCCGACGAGCUUCUGGAGACGGUGAUCCGACAGAUCACAGCCAUCUAUAACGGGAGGCUUCAGGUGGACCGGAUCUGUUCAGAGAUCUUGGAGCUGGCCGACCAUGGCAUCACGCUGCCUCCCAACAUGCAGGGGCUGACGGAGGAGCAGAUUGUGGAGCUGAAGCUGACGGAUGAAUGGGAAGAGAGGUGCAUCCCUAGUGGAGGGCCUGUGUUUAGGAAGGAUGACGUUGGAAAGAGGAAUGGACAUGCCCCUAAUGAUAAAAUGAAAGUGGUGUUGAUGAAGACGGUGGAGGAGGCAAAAGCGCUCGUCUCCAAAAAACAAGCUCAAGCUAAUGUCUGCGUCACCAUGGAGAUGAUAACAGAAGCUCUAGAUCAGCUAAGAGGUGCAGUCAUGAUUGUGUACCCCAUGGGACUUCCCCCUCAUGACCCUGUAAAGAUGGAGUUUGACAACCAGACCGAUCUUUCAGGGACACAGGCAUCCCUCCAGGUUAUCCCUGAGCAUGAAUGCCAGCUGUGGUGGGCUGGUAAAGAGAUGCAGAGAGGGAAAAAGCUGCAGGACUACAUCGGCAAGAAUGAAAAGACAAAACUGGUGGUCAAAAUUCAAAAAAAAGGACAGGGGGCGCCAGCGAGAGAGCCUCUGGUCACCGAUGAGCAGCAGAAGCAGAUGAUGCUGCAUUACCACAGAAGACAGGAGGAACUUAAGAAACUAGAGGAGGCUGACGAUGACAGCUACCUGGACUCGGACUGGUCAGACAGACAGGCCCUCAAACGGCAGUUUCAGGGACUCACAAAUAUCAAAUGGGGGCCAAGAUAACACUCACGACCACUUUCAGUGCCUCCAUCCUGCCCAGAUGUCUCAACUUUCAGAGAAUAUAAUGAACCCAUCUGAUACAUUCCUGUGUCUUGCCUCUGCUAACCGUUAAAGUGGAAGUUCAUCGCUCGCUCCAAAGGAACUUGCAUCAUUAUAAAUACAAACGAUUUUGAUGUGAACUGUGUCCAGUGAAGCCAGAAGAGUAGUGUUGCAACUGAAAAAGAAAAUGUUUUACAUCCUCUUUGGAUGCAGGGGCGAGGAUGCUACACCCUUCCUCUCUUUGUCUCUCAUUCGUGGCACGCAAGUUUCUCCCAGUCGCUGCAGCUCUGAGGCAGGAUGUCGCCACAAACUGGUCACCGCAGCCGCAAUCAGGAAGUUAUGGAGCUCACAUUUUGUGUGUCACACCCUGGAGAAAUGUGAACUGGUGUUCAGAACGGAGUUGGAAAUUCAAAAAGGCCACUUUUAAAAAGGAUAACUGCACAACAGCAGCGGUCCAGAUCCAUAAAAUAAGCUGUUUGAUACAAGUUUGAGGGAACGCUUUUGCUUUUGAACGUAAACUUUAAGAAAUAAGUUCACUUGUUGUUGAUACUGUAUCUUUCCCUUUUUCACAACAUUAGCGACUAACACAUCUUAAUAUGGAACAAUUGGCCCCUGCAGUGAUAAACUUUUAUAAGGUUUGGAAUUCUGAGUUUAUUCUCAAUAAAUAAGCAUUUUUAUCGUGUUUGCCUGACCUGAAACAUGUUUGCUGGAGUUAAAUUUAGAAUUUUAUUCAUGUCCUUUUAAAAAUGCAUGUUUCUGUAAAGAACUUUGAUUUACCCAAUGAAUAAAUGGAAGUUAUUGUGGUUACACUAUUCAAUAAACUUCAUUUGCCUUUUUUAAUA